CACCACGGAACCUCUGCCGUACCCGAAUACCCACUCUACCACUAACCUCUCCGCAUGGACAGAAAACACGGUAGUCACAACCACCACACCACACCACACCAUCAACCUAAAUACCCGGAACCAACCCAACCUAAAAGAGGCCAGAAAAAGAAAUGGUCCCAAAAGUCGUCGACACGAUACGAUAACCCACGGUAGUCCAAUCCUACAAGCGAUCGAUCCCUCCAACAGUAUAUUGCCGGGUUGAAGCCCAAUCAACUCAUGAGCCCUCUCCCGCACGUCCAACAGGGUUUGCAAUAUGAGAAGAAAAAAUAAAAAAGGGAGACAAGAAUCACCCCCCUGGUCGUUUUCCACCUUGUCAAGGGUUUAGGGAAGGGUAUCUUCAUCUACCCAAGUUGUACAGAGGGAUGAAAUUGAAAAUAGCAUCAUAUCGUGAGAGCAAAAUUUGGGUAUGUUAGCCCGUUCCUGGAGCUGACUCCUUCGCCAGUAUACACACUGAUCCUAAUUGCCGUGGACCGAAGGCGCUCUUAGCCUACCUCUCACCGAAAAAAAAAGAAAAAAAGAAAAGAAAUUCGAGUUAUUUUCAUCCUAGCACAAUUAGUACCGCUAGUAAGUACAACAUCUGUACAUGGCUGUUCUUUCCAAAUGACUGAUUGGUGACAGUAAUUGUUUCAAGUGUCUACAAAUCCUUAGCCUGUGCACUCUGGAUGUGAGCAUCGUAGGACCCCUACAGAAACGGGACGUUAUAAGACAUGCCAAAAGAGGUCAUCAUCGAGCUCGAAGUUCUCGGCCAGGAAAUGUAUGCAUGUCACCAUAUAAUGACCGGUGACCGACCCAAAAUUUACCGCUGUACUUCAGAGUAGAAUACUGACUGAAUAACCGAAUAGAGAAAUAUUGAGCAGUCUAUGGAUGCCAGUGAAUGGCCAACCAGGGCCUGGAGCCAGAACUAUAGGGUUAGUUCGGCCGAUACUGGUAAACUGGUACUACUGACGUAAACCGGUGGAUAAAAAAACUGGCAAGCAUUUCUCUCAUCGAAUGGCGACUUCAUGGGCCUUCCUUGUAUGUACUAUGGAAGCACAAUGAAAGAAAGAGAAACGUAAAGAUCCGGAAGAUCCACGAACAAUCGUAUCGGUUGCCCUCCUCUCCUCCGACCACUCUACCCCCUUCCGUGGGCCAACAACGAAGCAUACCUGGAAGGACGGGCGGAAUGGGCGGAAGAAAGGAAUAACCGACUUUGUGGGAAAUGGGAAAGGUUCCUGCGAGGUCUCCACAUUAUCUGGAGAGGCCGCAGGCGCUCUCCAGGUGGAAAUGGAGAAAACUGUUUCCAACUCCCUCGAGACCUCAAGGAUCUCGCGCUGGUAUACUCGAAUACAAGCACUCGAGUCGUAUCGAGUGCCGUAG